AUGGGACUCUGUUUCUCCGUUCCAGGCCGUCGUCGCCACCCAAUGGGCAUGGGCAUGAUGGGAGGAGGUAUGAUGGGGGGAGGCAUGAUGGGCGGCGGCUGGGGCCCACCACCUGCUCGUCGAUAUCAUGGGGUGCUCGUCGAUAUCACGGGGGUAUGGGAUACGGCGGGGGCGGGGGCUGGGGAGGCCCCAUGGGCGGUGGAUAUGGUUACAGUUCAGGUUUUGGUGGCCGAAGACCUGGUGGCUUUGGACCAGGGGGUGGAUUUGGAGGCGGAGGACGACGUGGCGGGGGACGUCGGUGUUGAUGAGAUUAUGUAUGACACGGCAACUAAUAUCAAAUGUACACAUGUGCCAGUAACAUAUCGAUCGCGUAUCCAGAAGAUUCAACUUGGCCUCAUUGUCAAUCGCAAAACCCCCAAUAAAUGGGUCCAGUGA